AGUGCAGACAUGGCUGCUGCCAGUAAUCUGCAAUCUGAAGAUCAGUUUCUGUGCUCCAUCUGUCUGGAUGUGUUCACUGAUCCAGUCAGCACACCAUGUGGACACAACUUCUGCAAAAACUGCAUCACUCAGCACUGGAACGCUAAUGGCAGACAUAAAUGUCCUAUGUGUAACAGAGUGUUCAAGAGACGACCCGAACUAGACAUCAACACUUUGUUCUCUGAGAUGGUUGCUCAGUUCAGACGUGAAGCUCAGCAGAAAGCCAGCAGCAGCAGCUCAGAGCAACAAGCUGCUAAACCAGGAGAAGUUCCCUGUGACUUCUGCACUGGAACCAGACUGAAGGCCCUGAAGUCCUGCCUGGUGUGUCAGACUUCCUACUGUCAGACUCACCUGGAGCCUCAUCUGACAAAGAAAGCUCUGAGAGGACAUCAGCUGAUUAAUGCAGUGGAGAACCUGGAAGACAAGAUGUGUAAGACGCAUGAAAAACCCCUGGAGCUGUUCUGUAAGACCGACCAGACAUGUGUCUGCAUGCUCUGCUCUGUUUUAGAGCACAAGAACCACGAGUUUGUUCCUCUGAGAGAAGAAUAUGAAGGAAAGAAGGCAGAGCUGGGGAAGACAGAGGCUGUGAUUCAGCAGAUGAUCCAGAAGAGACGACUGAAAAUUCAAGAGAUCAAAGAGUCAGUGAAGACGAGUAAAGGUGCUGCAGACAGACAGAAAGCAGAAGGUGUUCAGGUCCUCACUGCUCUGAAGGAGUCUGUUGAGAGACGCCUGAAGGAGCUCAUAAAGGAGAUCGAAGACAAACAGGAAACUACAGAGAAACAGGCUGAAGGUCUCAUCAAAGAUCUGGAACGGGAAGUCUCUGAGCUGAUGAAGAGAAGCUUUGAGGUGGAGCAGCUCUUACACUCUGAAGACCACCUCCACCUCCUCCAAAGCUUCUCGUCCCUGAAAGCUGCUCCACCCACCAAGGACUGGACAGAGGUCAGAGUCCAUCCACCAUCAUAUGAGGGGACUGUGGUGAGAGCUGUGGCUCAGCUGGAGGAGACACUCAGGAAAGACUUGAAGAAGCUGUUUGAGGCCGAGCUGAAGACGGUCCAGCAGUAUGCAGUGGAUGUGACUCUGGAUCCUGAUACAGCGUAUCCUAAUCUCAUCCUGUCUGAUGAUGGGAAGCAAGUAUACUGUGGUGAUGUGAGGAUGAAUGUUCCAGACAACCCAGAGAGAUUUUCUGCUUGUGUUUGUGUUUUAGGAGCGCAGAGUUUCUCUUCAGGCAGAUUUUACUUUGAGGUUCAGGUUAAAGGAAAGACUGACUGGGACUUGGGAGUGGCCAGAGAGUCGAUCAACAGGAAGGGAAAUGUUAUGCUGAGACCUCAGUAUGGUCUCUGGACUGUAGUGCUGAGGAAUGGGAAUGAAUACAGAGCUUGUGCAGGGCCUUCAUUCCGUCUCUGUCUUUAUUCUGGCCCUGAGAAGGUGGGGGUGUUUGUGGAUUAUGAGGAGGGUCUGGUCUCCUUUUAUGAUGUAGGUACUGGAGCUCUGAUCUACUCCUUUACUGGCUGCUCCUUCACUCACAAACUCCACCCAUACUUCAGUCCCUAUCUGAAUCAGGGUGGUAACAACUCUUCACCUCUGAUCAUAUGUCCUGUCGGUCAAACUGAGUCGAUCAACGACUGA